AUGAAGAACGGGAUUGUCACCGAUCACUGGGCUUUUCUUGAACAUUUUGAUGCACCUAUGUGGGCAGAUUUGACUCUGGAACCCAACUCUGCUUAUAUAACUGAUGAUGAUGACUGGUUCCACAAAAAUCACUUGUUCCACCGGUUGUCUGCUCGCCAGUUAAAAUCUAAAUUUGCUCACUCUCUGGAUGGAUUUGCUUCGCCGGGACUUCCUUCUUCAGUCUCUAAAUCAAGAGGAAAACACUACAACAAUAAGAUCAACUGGGGGAAAGGUAUUAAUCUAAAUGCUUUGUUGGAUAAGCAGGAGGGUUUAAGCACAAGGGGAUGCUUCAAACAAGGUGUCAGCAUUGGUUAUCAAGUGAAGCCCAAAUCAACAUCAAGUGUUAGCAACCCAAAAUCAGGCUUGACUUUUCAACACAAUGCCAAGGGAAAAACUGUGGGAACUUCAAGUUCUAUGGAUAAAAAGAAUUAUGAAACCACGCUUGCAUCUGAGAACAUGAUUCAAAACAAGGAUUAUAAGGAGCAUAAGAAGGUAUCAUAUGAUGAGAAAGGAAAAAAUUUGUUGGUAAGAAGCAAUAGUUUUGGGAAAAGUGUGGUUACAGAAGCUUCAAGAGUUCAGGACCAGCAUAAAUAUAUGGAGGUGUCUAAUAAACUAUGUGAUCAGAAAAGUGGAAGUUCAUCUGUGAAUAGUAUUAGUCUUAGGAAAAGUUAUGUGACACAGAAAGCCUCAAAAGUGGAAAUGGAUGUUGAUAACAUGAAAUCAAGAGGUCGUAAUUCAUCUUCUGGGAAGUCUAGUGUUGGGUCAUGUUCAAAUCCUAGUUAUGAAGUCAAGUUUGUAUCAAAGGAACAGGGGAAGAAAAUCACAAAUACGAAAUAUGUGGUCACAAUGAAUCUUGCAGAUAAGAAUAGGUCCAACCUCGGAAACAAAUUCAAGACAUCAUCCAUUACAGCUGAAGGAAAAGGAAAAGGAAGCAUAAUAGGAAAUAACAUCAAUGUUGCAAGGUCAUUGUUACCAGGCAAAGUCAACAAAACCAACUUUUGUCCUGCUGCUAAGGGGACACUUCCCAAGGGGAAAGAGAAUGCUACCAGGAAAUUGACAGUGAAUAAACAUUGCAAUGAAAAAGGUGUUCUUGCAAGGGGCGUUUUAAAAAGUCUGAAAACUAGACAACAUAAGGAUGACAAAGCAGGAUCAGCAGCUUUAACAAUACUGGGAAAAGUGAAUGGUGAAGGUGAGGCAAAGAACGCAGUUAAUCCAGCCAGAAGGAUUUACCUGCGAUAA